AUGAAACAGACAUACACCCCCCUCUGGCGAAGCAGCAGCAGCCACGACGAGCCCGAGGAUCUCCAUCUACAGACCCAGCUCCUCAGCAUCCGGAAGACGAAGCUAUUAGCAUUUAUCUUUGCGGUGCUCGCGGGUGUCGCGUUUCUGGGAAAUACGUAUUUGUUUUUGAGAUUGAGUGGUGGGGAGGGAGGAAGAAGGUUGCAGGAUGGGCUGUAUCCUGAGGUGGUGCCUGCGAUGCCCAUCGAAACCAUAACCUUCGAAGAACACGCCAUUUAUGCCGCCGCCGCCUCCUCCAACGAGUCCAAUGCCGCCUGGGACGCUAUCCUACCACCCGGCCGCGGCUACAUCUUCACGCCCCCAUCCGCCUCAACGCACCCGCUCCUCCAAGCCGGCGAGAGCACCUCUGUCGGGGAAAUCCAUAGCGUCGCCGUUUUCCACCAACUGCACUGUCUCGGCAUGCUCCGAAACGUCUACUGGACGCUCCUGGACAAAGCCACCUUCCAGAGUCCCGACCUUGAAGAGUUCGCCGUCGCGCAUCGCAGGAAUCACCAUGUGAAUCACUGUUUUGAUUAUUUGAGACAGGCGUUGCAGUGUGCGGGCGAUUUGGCGCUGGAGUGGCCGAGGACCGAGACGGAUGGGAGGAGGUACUCAGUUGAUGGCUGGGGGGUGCCGCAUUUGUGUAAGAGUUGGGAGUUCAAGGUUGAAGAAGUAUCAUCGUAA